CUCCUGGCAGUCCGCUACUCGUGGCAGUCGCUGUGAACGGGAAGCGGUAGUGUUGUGUUUGUGGCUUUCUUUAGGCGUGGUACAAAGUAACUUCGCAACAUUGGAUGGGGUACACGAAUCCAGAAUGAGGACCGCAUUCCAAAUGGAAAAUCAAGUUGUUGUAUCACAGAUAUUUAAUAUCAUCCGUGGGAAAUGCUUUGUUAGGAACUAAGGAAACAUGUAAACAGUCCAUAUUAAUUGUUGAAAUAACGGAUUUCAUAGAAACAGGUGCUUUCCACAUUAGAUCUACAUUUCUCUGUAAAAGGCUUCGCUUUAAAAGUGAAAUGCAGUAAUUUUGUCUGAAAUGUUUUGAGAUCACUUAAAGGUUGAAGAGCUUUGUGCUGCCUCAUAAAAUGUUCCAUUUAGACAGAAUAUUGUUUGCAUGACACUUGCUCUAUAGCUACCUUUCCUCCUCAACUAGUAAAGAUAUGCACGGAAAACAAAAAUCUUUGUUUUGUAAGAAUUUGGAAUUUAUUUUCCCAGCUGGAGUCCUUAUCUCUGUACCUGAUCCUACAAGUUUUCCAUGUAUAGAACUCCUUUUGCACAUGGAGCACAUGGAGGAGUAGGUUUUCUGUGUAGUAAUAGUCUUUUCACAAGAACCAGCUGGGGACAAAUCCUUCUCCCUUUACUCAGAUCAGAUCAUGUUAUGGAUCCAACCAAAUCGGAAGGAUACGUGAGCCGGUGAGAAAGAACAUGGACUUCUGAGAACACUAACUUCCUAGAUGCUUAAAAUAGAAGAGCCUGGGAUUAUGGUGAUCAGUUACCAAUGGCUACAAAGAUGAAAAAGCAAUGGACCCCUCUACCUGUACCUGUAUAAAUAAAGUUUUAGAAGGCAGAGAGAACUUAAACUGAACCAAAUAAUUAUUUCAGCCAUGGGAGAAAAUGAAAGUUUUUGGGAGAGCUUGAUAUAUGCACAUCCUACCUGUGUAGCCUGGAAGCAAGAGCCAGAAGGAUCUAUCUACCAUCUAGCUAGUAUUCUAUUUGUUGUUGGCUUCAUGGGAGGAAGUGGAUUCUUUGGGCUAAUGUACGUCUUCAGUUUGCUUGGACUGGGCUUUCUCUGCUCUUCUGUAUGGGCUUGGCUGGAUAUAUGUGCUGCUGAUAUAUUCUCCUGGAAUUUUGUCCUCUUUGUGAUAUGCUUCAUACAAUUUAUUUAUGUUACUUACCAAGUUCGGAGUGUUUCCUUUGAAAAAGAAUUCCAGGAACUCUACAGUUCUCUUUUUCAGCCUCUGGGAAUCUCCUUGACUGUUUUUAGGAAGAUUGUCUUGUGUUGUGAUGCAGAAGUGGUUACUUUGGAGAAGGAGCAUUGUUAUGCAAUGCAAGGCAAAACACCUAUUGAUAAACUCUCUAUGCUUGUGUCUGGAAGGAUCAGAGUGACUGUUGAUGGAGAGUUUCUGCAUUAUAUUUUCCCGCUUCAAUUUCUGGAUUCUCCUGAAUGGGAUUCCCUAAGACCCACAGAAGAGGGUAUUUUCCAGGUAACUCUUACAGCAGAGACGGACUGUCGAUAUGUGGCUUGGAGGAGAAAGAAACUGUAUUUGCUGUUUGCUAAACACCGUUUCAUUUCACGUCUGUUUUCAAUUUUAAUUGGGAGUGACAUUGCUGAUAAACUAUAUGCCUUGAAUGACAGAGUGCACGUAGGAAAAGGACUUCGAUACGACAUCCGGUUACCAAACUUCUACCAAGUGGCAGUACCAGGGACACCCAAAGUGCAACCUGCAGAACAACUUGUGAGCAAUUCAAGACAAAAGUUCACUAACAUUGCAAACUGUGACUCUUCUAAAAAAUAACAAACAAAAAGAUAUAUGCUAAAUUAAAUAGGGAAAUACAAGUUAAUAACAGGAAAAUCAAGCUGAACAAAACCUAGUAAAGCCAAACUUGAUUGAAAGUGCCAUUUACUUUAGCUAAAAUAGCUUGCAUCCCUUUUCUCCCUGCAGAGCCAGCUGGUUGGCUUGUACAUCUUGACUAAUUAUGCAUUAUGAUUAAUUUCUUUUGUUGGUCUUAUUACUUUGGGGGGGGGGAAAUGAAUCAUGAUGGGAUGAAGCUUUAUUGUAAUUGUGGUGCCUUCUGUGUGUGUGUGCGUGGUUUUUUUUUUUUUUAAUGAUAUUUGCAUAGCGCUCUUGAUCAUAUGUAUUCCAACUUGCUUGUCAUAAUGAAUUAUGAAUCUAUUUCAUCAUAGUGAAAAGCAAGUUAUCUUAUCUUAUUUUGAGUUGCUUGUUACAUUCAUAAUUACAAUAUGUGAACCUGAUCUUUUUUAACCAUCAGAAUCUUAGAGAAGAUUACUUUAAAAAAAAUUUUAAACUCAGAUUGUCGUUUUCUUUUUUAAAAAGAAAUGACAGAAUGUGAAAUGCACAGUAAGACAACGUUUU